AUGUCCCCGAACAGCCACUCAAGCAGUGCAUCCUGGGCUCGCUCACUAUUCGCUCCGCAGUUCAGGCGAUACCGUCAACGCGAACUUCCCUGGUCAUUGGCAUCAGACACACCGCGCAACCCCCAGUAUGGCGAUGACAGCGAGAUACCCGAAGCCUACGUCUUGCCUUCCGACACACUGACCUCGACGCCUCGACUGCCCUCGAACCCUCAUGUCUGGUCAGAGCUGAUCAGGAUGGAUCCCAAUCACCCGACUUUGAGCCCCAAUCUCACAGACCUGCUCACUGGUCUGUCGAGUUCAGAAGAUGCAAGCCGGAAAAUGGCAGCUUUCAAAUUGCAGUCGCUCAUCAACGAUCCUUCUUUUGCGGAACAUUUCGUGCUUGCAGGUGGCCUGCCUCAACUGCGCACACUCGUCCUCGAAAGCAGUGGAAAUACCCUCGCAUACAGUCUUGCAAGCUUUGCCAGGCUACUAGAGGUGGACCAAGGAUGGGAGGCUGUCAACGACCGAGUUGUCCAGAAGGCAAGGCUUCCCCCAUCCAGGCCAUCACAAUGA